ACCAAUUUGGCGGCACGAGGCUUCAUCAACUUGGUUUAUUUGAUAAAAUCACAUUAUUUAUAACAAAGUCAGCCGCAACCUGCUGAUAGAAAUUAGAAAUUAAGUAUUUGAAGAGACACAAGCGUUGUAAAAACUGCCACCAACAUUCCCCGCUGCAGAGAAAUUAGGAACUGCGUCAGUGCAGUCGGCCUGCCGGAAUUAUGGGUUUGGAUUUUGACGCUUACGCUUAUCUGAGGAAUUUGCGAACUACAAAGCCUCCUUACCAAUGUCCUGUUGAAUCGUGCGACAAAGCGUACAAGAGCAUAGUCGGCAUUCAGUACCACCUGUUUAAUUUUGACCACCAAAACCCACAACCUGAGCCCGAAGCGCCGAAAACGCCAGCAGUGAGUACUCCAACCAUGAACAGCAGCCGGAAGAAGAGCACCAAGAGCAGAUCCUCAACGCAUAAUAAGCAGCCUCAGGAGAAACACACAAGUCCUGUGCCAGAAGGACUGACCUACGCCGAAGCCCAACGAAUGGUGGAGUUUGAUAUUGGAAAUGGCAGGUCCCAACGACUCAGUAUUUUUGAGCCCAUCGAAGUUGUCUCUAUGGAAAAUUACCAAGCUAUGGUGCCUCCCGGUGGUAGUUUGGAUGACAUUCUAGCUCCAGUAGAGCCAGGUAAAAGGACGCAGUAUCAGCCAGAAACUGCAGAACCUUUUACUCCAAUACGUGGCGUACCUUCGAUUCCAAUCAGCAAACUUCCAGAGCCGAGCUUCAGAAUACUUGAAGAUUACAAAAUACCCGACGCAGCUCCCUUGCCGAAUUCUUACAUCAGAUUCAUAGAAAAGUCACCUGAUGAGCUCGAUGCAGAGGUUGAGUACGACGCUGAUGAGGAGGAUGGUGCUUGGUUAGCACUUAUGAACGAGAAACGCAAAACUGAAGGCUUAGCCUCUGUGUCCGAAGAGCAAUUUGAGCUUUUGAUGGACCGGCUGGAGAAGGAGUCGUAUUUCCAAAUGUCAACAGCUGGGCACGAAGCGGCUCUCAUAGAUGAUGAUGCCGUUUGCUGCAUUUGCAUGGAUGGCGAGUGCCAAAAUUCCAAUGUCAUUCUUUUCUGCGACAUGUGCAACCUGGCUGUCCACCAGGACUGUUACGGCGUCCCCUACAUACCUGAGGGUCAGUGGUUGUGUCGCCGCUGCCUCCAAAGUCCCUCAAGAGCAGUCGAGUGUGUCCUCUGCCCAAACCAAGGCGGUGCCUUCAAGCAGACAGAUAGAGGCACCUGGGCCCAUGUAGUUUGCGCUCUUUGGAUACCUGAGGUGCGAUUUGCAAACACAGUCUUCCUUGAACCCAUAGACUCCAUUGAGACUAUACCUCCUGCCCGCUGGAAGCUGACUUGCUACAUCUGCAAGCAGAAGGGCGUCGGAGCUUGCAUACAGUGUCACAAAUCUAACUGUUACGCUGCAUUUCACGUUACGUGUGCCCAGCAAGCUGGUCUGCACAUGAAAAUGGACACCGUGCGGGACAACGGUGCAACCACAGGCGAGCCUUCGGUGCUGGUUCAGAAACUCGCCUUCUGUGACACUCACACCCCUGCUGAUGCAGAGACACGCCCUCGAGUUAAUAGAAAGGAGAAAACAUUUGACUUCAAGGAUGAUGCUAAGGAAAAAAUGAAGCAGGCUCGGAAACUGCUUGCCAAAAAGAGGUCGUCUGUCCCAAUCAUUUCCAUUCCUACCAUUCCUCCCGAAAAAAUACAGGAAAUUGCUUCUUUGAUCUCGGUGCCACGCAGGAAUCAGUUCAUUCAGCGACUGAUUGCUUAUUGGACUCUAAAGAGGCAGUAUCGAAAUGGAGUGCCUCUUUUGCGCCGUUUACAAACUUCAAACUCAUCCCACCAUUCACGUAAAGGAGAAACACAAUCAGCUCCUGAGCAGGAGGUUUCCACACGCAAAUCAACAAAAAAGACUAGCAUGAAGAAAGAUAUUGAGAAUCAGCACGUCAAUUUACAGCAACGAACUUUGCUGGAGCAACUCAAAUACUGGCAAAGUCUUCGUCAAGACUUGGAACGAGCUCGGCUGCUGUGUGAGUUGGUCAGGAAGAGAGAAAAGAUGAAGAAAGAAUUUGUUAAAGUUUAUGAACAAUGUGUGAUGCUGGAAUUGAGACCGAUGACUCAUUUUCUUGGAAAGGUGCUUGAUCAACUCAUCAGCAAAGACCAAGGAGAGAUCUUUGCUGAGCCUGUUGAUAUUUCUGAGGUCCCUGAUUACACCACAGUUGUUACAAAUCCUAUGGACUUUUCAACGAUGAAGCAAAAGUUAAACGAUCAGGAAUAUCAUGAUCUUGAUGACUUGGAGACUGAUUUCAACCUGAUGCUCUCAAACUGCAUGGCUUACAACUCGAAAGACACAGUGUUCUACCGAGCUGCUGUGAAAAUGAGAGACCUUGGUGGAGCAAUCAUUCGACAGGCACGAAGGGAUGUAUCAGAAAUUGGGUUUGACUCAAAAACCGGACUGCUGUUGCCAGAGAAGCCCAGCACAAGAGGAAAGGGUGUAACCGAUGAGCAAACUGCAGCAGAAUUUGACCAAUUCAUGCUCGAUGAAUCAAGGAAGGCUCUGCCCCUUAGUGAGCAACUGACAAAGUUGUUGAACAUUAUGGAUAUAGCGCAAAGUCUGAAACAUGGAAUGACCAGAGCAAAGAGGGUAAAAACGGUCAAGAACGAAAUUGCAUCUGUAAGGAGGAAGAUUGCAAUGGAGCAAAGUGGAACUCCAGCAAGACGAAAAUCUACGACCAAAUCGCAGACUUCUAAAAAGGGAGAUGAUAGUGAUGAUCAAACUGAUGACUCGCAAGAUGCGGCUUCUUCUAAUAGUUCGUCAAGUUCAGGAAGCUCAGAUGAGGAUGCUGAUGAGGAUGAUGCUGAUGAAGAGAGUCCAGGUUACAAAACAAGGAGGAAAGAAAAAAUUGAAAAAACAACCAGACCAACCAGGAAUCUCCGCAAUAAGACACCCCCAGCUACUCCAAAAAGGAGGGAGUCUACUGCCUCUGUUGGUGCUGCAGAUAAAAGAGUCCCUAGAAAGAGGUCGCCUAGCAAGCGCCAAGAAGAAGCACCAACCUCUCCAAAGAGGAGGGUCAGCCAAGAUGUUGGUAAAGACACCAGCAAAGAUGCAAGCAAAGAAACCACUUCAGAAGGCCCACACGUUACUCCAGCCAAAAAAGCUGCCACUAUUUCUCCUCUUCCUUCAACUUCCCCUCAAACUGGCUCCCCCUCUGGAGUCAACAGAAGAACCGCUGUUCUAUUUACUAGAAAGGCUGCUGCUGCUGCAUUUAGAAAACCAGAAGCACCACAGACAACAACUAAAAGGAGAGUUGGUCGUCCAAGGAAGAAUUUGGAUUCGGCUCUUGGUGUAAAUAGCAGUGGAAAUUCUAGUUCGGGAAAGUCUUCCGGAGACGGAGACGCUAUUCUUGAAACCAAAAGUGUUCCCAGCAGUGAAAGCUUCCGAGUCUACCGUUCAGGAGGAGCAGAAAUUCCUGCUGGCUCAGACGAGAGCGAAAACGAGUCUGAGCGAAGCAGCAGUGCUGUGGACGACAGCUCCUCCAGUAGCGAUGAUGGCUCCUCACAACAAGGUGACUCAGACAGCGAGGAUAGCCAAAGCAGCAAUGAUGAUGCUUCAAAUGAAAAGCAGGAUGCUGCAUCUGAUGAUUCAUCAGAUGAUGAAGCCCUGUCUCGGGGCGACGGAACUUUGGAGCCACUUGAUUUGGUCUGGGCCAAAUGCAGAGGCUAUCCGUGGUACCCUGCUUUGAUCAUUGAUCCUGACAUGCCAAAUUCUGGCAUUGUUCACAAAGGGGUGCCAAUUCCAGCACCUCCGACAGACGUGCUGGCUUUGGCGGCCAACUACACAGAACCUGUGUAUCUUGUUUUAUUCUUUGACACAAAAAGAACUUGGCAAUGGUUACCAAGAAGCAAAAUCGACCAGUUUGUUGGGAAAGCAGAUCUUGACCAGGAAAAGUUGUUUGAGUCAAAAAAACCUGCUGAGAGGAAGGCAGUUCGGAAAGCCUAUCAGGAAGCUAUUCUCUACAAGCAUCAGAUCACAGGCCAGUUGCAGAAGAAUUUGGAGCAACACAAGAAGAGUGACAAAGACGCAGACGAUGCUUCACAUUCUGAUAGCAUGGCUGAGGAUGAUUGAAUGGGUCACAAUUAACAAGUUAAAUCUAAGCACUCUCACAAGAAGUAGAUUUUCUAGUUUUAUAUUUAAUUAAGUCUCAUAGUUUAACAUCAAAUUUAGUAUUACCAUUAUUAUCAUGUAGAUAUGUGUGAUUGAUAAUUUCCAUUUUUUUAUAUUUUGCUUACUCACAAUCAGCUGUUGUCAGCGUUAUUAUGACUUGAGCUUUAUAGUAAUAAAAUUGUGCUCUUAUUCGUUCAAUAUUCAAUUUACACUGUAAAUAAAAUAUUUGUCACUUCAAUGUAUA